CAAGGAGCCAGCCAUCUUUCCUGACGAGUCAAAGAGCAAUAAAUAUGAUCAUGAUAAGAUCUACACAUGUUCAAGCCCAAAAAAUAAAGAUAAGCUCAAUACAUACAUUGCCUAUAUAAGAGCCAUUUCACUUUCCGGUUUGAGCAGAGCAAAAAGCAUUGAACUGGUUUUCUAAUGGCUUCUUCAACCCUCCACUUCUUCCUCUUCUCAUUAGCCAUUUUCUCAGUUCCCUCCUGCUUUUCACUUUCUGAUCAAUCUUAUCCCUUCAAUAUUCCCAUCAAGAAAGAUCCAUCAACCAAUCUCUACUUUGCUUCACUUGGCAUUGGAACUCCUCAACACAACAUGAACCUAGUGGUUGAUCUUUCUGGACCGACCUUGUGGUAUGACUGCAAUACCCACUACAAUUCAUCAUCCUACAGUCCUGUCCCUUGUGAGUCGGAAAAAUGCCCUCAAACUGGAGGAUGUGUUGGUUGCUCUGGCCCCUUUAGACCAGGUUGCUCAAACAACACUUGUGGCCUUAACAUAAUCAACAUUUUGGGUGGAUUUAUCUAUAGUGGUAGCUUAGGUGAUGAUGUCUUGUACAUGCCUCAUCUUCGAGUUCCUCACUUCCUAUCGGGCUGCUCGCCCUCGGAUUCUUCCUCAUCAUCUGAGUUUAAUGCUCUAAAAGGUUUGCCCAAAGGUAGUUCUGGGAUCAUAGGACUUGCUAGGACAGAUUUAGCAGUACCUACAAAACUCUCAUCAGUUUACAAGCUUCCUCACAAGUUUUCUGUGUGUUUACCAUCUUCAACCAACAAAGGAUUUGCUGAUAUGCUCAUUGGUGAUAGAGAUGUGUCCAAGUUUCUCAAAACUACCCAACUUGUUGUCAACCCUGUUGCAACAGGUCCGGUGUCCGUAAGUGGUGUCCCCUCUUAUGAAUACUUCAUUGAUGUGAAAUCAAUUAGGAUUGACGGCAGUGUUGUGAACUUAAAGCCAUCCUUGUUGUCCAUUGACAAAAUGGGAAAUGGGGGUACCAAAAUCAGUACCAUGACCCCUUUCACAGAGCUUCAAAGCACAGUUUACAAGACCUUUCUGAGACAAUUCAUCAAACAGGCUGCGGGCAAGAAAUUGAAGAGAGUGGCUUCAGUGCCACCAUUUGAUGCAUGCUACGAUUCAAGCUCGAUUACCAGAUUUGGUGUGCCAAGUAUUGAUUUAGAGCUACAAAGAGGAGUGAAAUGGACUAUUCAUAGGGCAAAUGCAAUGGUAACAACGAAGAAAAAUGUGGAGUGCUUGGGAUUUGUUGAUGGAGGAACGAAGCCAAGAAUGUCAUUUGUGAAAGCUUCAAUUGUAAUUGGUGGGCAUCAAUUGGAAGACAAUCUGGUGGUGUUUGAUGUGAGUUCCUCAAAACUAAGCUUUAGCUCUUCCCUUCUCCUCCACAACACAAGCUGUUCUCACUUUUAAAGCAGUCAUGUUUGUCAUAAAAGGAUUGUGAGAUUCAGGGCACGGAAUCUCUCCUGGUUGUUGCUGCCUGGUUUAUAUUCUGGUGUAGAUCCUAGCCAUUUAUUUUAUAAAAUAUGAUCCAAUGGUUAAUAUUUUU